AAUAUUUUCAAUCAAUUUUGCUGACUCAAACUAAUGACAAAAACUUCGAAAUGUCAAGAUGAUGUGGAUAGACUUUUUCGCGGUUUAUUGUAAAUAUAAUUACGCGCAUGCGUAGAAGCUUUUUUAGUAUGAACACGCGUCGUCAGGGGACAUAAACGUGCAUCAAGCGCAAAGAGUUAGGUUACUGUUCAGUUGAUGCAUUUAAAAUUUCUAUAUUUUAAAUGUUUUUAGUAAGAAAAGCUCUUAAUCUUGAACGAAUUAAGCAAGUUUUUAAGUAAAAGAUUUAUAUCAACAAAUUAACAAUCACAAUGUCUAUCGGAGUGCCGAUAAAAGUGCUUCACGAAGCGGAGGGUCAUAUCGUAACCUGUGAAACAAACACCGGUGAAGUUUAUCGUGGAAAACUAAUAGAAGCUGAAGACAAUAUGAACUGCCAAAUGCAAAAUAUUACAGUAACUUAUAGAGACGGUCGAGAAGUAGAAUUAGAAAAUGUUUACAUCAGAGGAUCAAAGAUUAGGUUUCUCAUAUUACCAGAUAUGUUAAAAAAUGCACCGAUGUUUAAGAGACCUGGUGGUAAAGGUUCAGGAACUGCUGGUAGAGGAAAGUCAGCUAUUUUGCGUGCCCAAGCUCGUGGAAGAGGUAGAGGUCAGAAUCAAAGAGGUAGAGGUACCGGUUCAGCACCUUGGCUUAAUCAACAGAAUCAACCUGGAGGGUCUCAAGCAGGAAGAGGAAGAGGAUAAUGUUGUAAAUUAUAAGGAAUGUAAUGCUAAGAGAAUGAUGAUUAAGAUAAGUCUAUGACUGUAAUUUUUCACUGUUUAUAAAAGACUAAAUUUCAAUUUAUUGUAUUUGAAAGUAUUAAUAAACAAUGGAAUAUAUAUUUCAAA